CUACCCGCCCUCUGUGACAUCAGGGGAAACUGAGGCACGGGGAUGCGGGGUCACUCCCCCAGGCCCCUCUGUGACAUAAAAGGAAACUGAGGCACAAGGAUGAGUAGUCCUUAUCCUGGUACCACUUUGACACGAGAGGAAACUGAGUCGUAGAGAAUUAGUGCUCAUUACGCUGAUAUUUUUUGACAUAAUGAAAACCAAAGCUCACUGGCAUUUACAUGACUUGAAGACAAAAAAUGAGGAUCUAUAUUAUGACCCCUAUCAUUAAGUAAUGCUUAAAUGAAAAAGAAGAGCUACAAGAAACAAUCAUAAGUAAUUAUUUCUUUACUCAGGCAUCAAUGACUACCUCAUUCAAUCCAAGUCGACCUUCUUCAUCAGAGUUGGUGGAACUUCAUGUUUUUUAUGUCCCUGAAGGAUCAUGGAACUAUAAGCUAAAUACUAUUUCAAUAGAAGUAGUCAGUAAAUUUAUUUCAGCUGGCUUUAUAAGGGUGUCACCUCAACUUACUUUACAAGCCUUGAGGGAGCAGCUGGGUGAGUUCCUGGGCGAGGAAGCUGUGGCAGAAAAAUUUUUAUUUUUGAAAUGCAUAGGAAACAAUUUAGCUGUGGUGAAGACAAAGCAAGAAAAGGAACUGAAACUCAAGUCAUUUGCUCCACCAUAUGCUCUUCAACCAGAAUUAUAUUUGCUUCCCAUAGUGGACCACUUAGGAAAUAUUUAUUCAUCAUCAUCAUCAUCAUCUAUUAUGGGAGAUGCACAACAGAAUAAUUCUAAUAUUUCUGAGGAUGAUAAAGCUGUCCAGCAACUAGAUAGUUGCCAAACUCCUUCAAACCAGAAACCUGAAAAAGAACCAAGCAUAAUAGAAAGUACUACUAAAGUUCCUUCACUCAAGAAUGAGGAAGAAGAAUCAAAGAAUCUUGAAGAUGGGUGGCAAGGUAAAAAGAGUAAGGAAGAAGAACCUGUUGAGUCGCAAGUGUGUGAUGAUUUAAGUGUUGCAAAUACGGAAACAGGAAACAAUACAGCCAUUUCAAAAGUCCGUAUUAAAGUGUCUCCCAAUGAAAUUUGGGAAGAUUGUAAUAAUGUUUUGCCUUGGAAUAAUGUCAAGGAGCAGACUCAAAGAAACGGUGCUAACAUUUUGCUCAAAAGAAGAGUCAGCCUAAAAGACAACAAGAUUAAAAAAUACCCAGCCAGAAAGUAUGGAUUUCUAGAAGCAUUAGAUGAUAAACGUAUUUUACAUGCACAAAACAAGAAAAGCCAAUUCCUGUGGGAAAAUGGAGACAAGAUAACUGAGGCCAGCAAAAAAAAGGAAGAUCCGUCAGGUGACGAAGAUUAUGACAAGCCGCCAGGUCCUUCUGCUCCUCCUUCACUACCUCUCCUGGCUUUUGCUCCAGGAAUACUUGAAUCCUCUGUGUUACAAAAUGAGAGAUGCAAGAUUAUGCAACAAAUGAAGCAAGUAAAGGAAGAAAGAUGUCAUUUGGAAGAGACGAGAGAAGAACUUAUGAAAAAAGUUAAAACUUUAUUUGAACAAAGCAAACUGAAAAGAUAUCGUGCUCAGGAAGCGUGGAAGAAAAAAUAUUUUGAAACCAAGAAAAUCACAACUUCAUUGGAGGAAGUAUUAACUAAACUUCAAGAAGAUUUAGAACUAUAUUAUAAAAAAUUGCUCAUGCAGCUAGAAGCUAGGGAGAUCAAGAUGCGGCCAAAGAAUCUGGCAAAUGUAGAAGACUCAAAGAAUAAUCUUAUAAUCCAGAUCACUGAAGUACAGCACGCAAUUGACCAACUGAAAAGAAAACUGGACACUGACAAAAUGAAACUUAUGAUAGAAAUUAAGCUUUCCUCUGCUAGGAGUUUUCUCCCUUGAGGACCAAGCAAAACCAAGUCUCUUCCACAUGACAGCUCUUCACAGAACUAAAAACAAUUCAUGUCCCUUCUGAAUCUUCUCUGAAUCAAACAACUCCAGUUCCUUCAACCCCAAUGCUCAUAUCAAGUGAACUUAAAGCUUUUUUUCUUUUUUUUUUUUUUUUCUAAUGCUUGCUUAAUACAUUGCCUAAUAUAUGAUGGAUGCUCAAUAAAUAUUUAGUGAUUGACUAAUUGACUUAUUUCUUAGUUAGUUAGCUG